AUGGCCAGUGAUCAGGGCAGUCUGCAGCCAUGGACGAUAGCUACUGUGGCCUCGGUCACGGUGCUGGCAUUCGUAACGGUCUGUCUUCGAUUGCUUGCUCGGUAUGAAAGAGGGCAGAAGCUGUGGUGGGAUGACUAUAUGAUCAUCUUCUCGAUGCUAUGGAAUUUCCUGGUUAUCGGGUUCAUCUACACCAUGGUUCAAAAGGGUAUGGGCCUUCAUGCAGGCACUGAGGUCCCCAUCGACAACGUGGUGUUGAUUGCCAAGUUCCUGGUCGUGGCGGAAGUUCUCUAUGUCUUCAAUCUCGUGUGGACAAAGUUGAGCAUUCUGCUCAUGUACUACCGCAUCUUCCGCUUCCCAUACUUCAAAACAUGGGCAUACAUCAUCGGAACGUUUGUCGUCCUUUGGGUCAUUUGCAUUACCUUCAUCUUCAUCUUCAUCUGCGUCCCUGUCCAGAAGCUAUGGUAUCCCGACAUCCCAGGGCGAUGCAUCAACCAAGUCAGCACAUGGAUCGCAAACGCUGUCUCAACAAUCGCAACCGACCUCGCCAUUCUCGUCCUUCCAAUUCCACAAGUCUGGAAGCUCCAACUUCGAAUCUCGGAAAAGAUAGCCGUGUUGAUCGCCUUCAGUUUGGGUUUCUUUGUCGUCUUCGCCUCCGCCUACCGCUUCUCAGUCCUAUUCAGCUACAGCGCCCUAGAUUCAUCCUACACGCUCGCCCCAACAGUCGGCUGGACAGCCAUCGAAAUGUCCGCCGGCAUCAUCUCCGCAAACCUCCCGACCCUCCGUCCCGCUCUCCGCUUCAUAGCCCGUAUCCUGGGCAUCAACGGCAGUGUCGUAGGCAUUUUCAGAAGCACAAACGGAACAAGAACGAAAACCACCAACGGCGCCACGGAGCCUUCACAGACCGUCGAGAGUACUGCUGCUAUCAUCCAGCCCUCAAAGCAUUCGCAUCGCCAUUCGUUCUAUCAUCUGCCGGAUGAUUCGGAUUCGUUGUCGGAGCAGACUCGCAUGGAUGCUGCGCUUAGACCGAGCUAUGAUCGGGCCAAGACGUUCACUCAUGUAAAGGGGCAGAAGGUUGUUGGGAGGCGCUCGGAUGAAGAUCAGAUUCCUUUGUCGGAGAUUCGCGUCGAUAAGGAGUUUACGCAGACUUCGACUGGUUGA